CUCCGUCUCACAGGGGAGGCACGUCCUUUCUCCUCUUCUUCCGCACCGCUGUCCACCAUGCAGGCUUCGGUACAGGCGCCAGUUGUCCUGGCCCCCGAGGCCCGCCCAGUCCUUGCAAAUGCCUUCCAUAGUCUGGUCCUUCUCGGGUCCAACGUUGCGUUCCUCGACCUCUCCCAGGUCACCAUGCACCUGCCAGCGGCGCCAGACAACGGCGAGCGCGAGCCGCUGGAGCCUGGCGAGAUGGAGGUGGAUCUCGACGCGCUCAUCCGCGACGGAGUGCGACGGGCGUUGGUCGACCGAAAGCCGAGCGAGGCGCUCGUGGACGAGCCAGAGGCGUCGGACGACGGCUCGCUCGAGUCGUCAACAACGUUCACCUCGGAGUCGUCCGAGUCGCUGUGGUCGUCAGCCACGUCUGGCGAGCGGAGCGAGACCAGCUCCGAGUCUGCAGGCACCACGCCGCGGCUUGCCCUCAUCAACCUCGAGCCGCUGCUGCUCUCGUUCUCCAUGUUCCGCAACCGCGACUACUGGGGCCCUGUGGCGCUGCCUGUUGUGCUCGAGUCGUACGUGGCCGAGCAGCUGUCCAAGGCUUGCGCCGACGCGCCAGGCGCAUCCAAGGUCACGUACGUUUUCUACCUGGCUUGCACCGGGUUUUGGGUCCACCUCGAGCGUGCUCGCGGGCUGACCAACGCGGCCACCGUGGCCGCCUCACUGGCCAUGCUCAUGGACGGCGAGCUGCGUCCCGAGGCUGUCGAGUCAGCCUUUGCGCCCAUCUCUGACCGGUUCCUUCCGUUCAAGGACGCGUCAUCGUUCCAGUCGUGUUACGACGUGACUUUUGGCGACACGGUGCGUGCCUUGUCGCGUGCGCUCCGCCACGGCCUCGUUCCCGCGUCGUGGUCCAAGCUCCCUUCGCACCUCCCGUCGCCGCGCCACUGGACCGCCACAGAUACGGUGGUCGACUACAACUGGAUUGUCGCUGGCAAGCUCAUCGGUUUUGCGGGCCCCUCGCUCUCGGCUGCCCGGCCGUCGACGCCGGCACACUUUACUCCGCUCCUGCAGCGGGUUGGCGUCUCGGCCAUUGUCCAGCUCAACGGUGAUCCCAAGACCUACGAGGCGGCCGACUUUGUCGAGCGCGGAUUUGCCCACUACGAUCUGUGCUACAAGGACGGCUCGGUCCCGCCGGCCGGGGUUGUUCCACAAUUCUUGCACAUCUGCGAUACCACCGAUGGCAUCGUAGGCCUCCACUGCCGCAUGGGUGUCGGCCGGACCGGCACCCUCGCCGCCGCCUACAUGAUGUAUCGCUACCGGUUUUCGGCCCGUGACGCCAUCGCCUUUAUCCGUCUCGCCCGCGCCGGCACCGUCGUCGGUAUCCAGGCACUCUACCUUGAGAAAGUCCAAUCGACGCUGUGGACCGCCGGCGAGGCUGUCCACGCCGGCGCCGAGCUCGACGACCUCUCGCCCAUCUCGUCGCCUCGCGACGCCCACGACGGGCCUGCCAUGCACGUUGCCGCCCCGGUCCGCCCCUCGGCAGUCCCGCGCCUGGCGCUCACAGCCCUCGCCGACAGGGACAGCUUCGGGCCAGCGGCCCCGUCGGGCUCGUCUGCCACCGCCGGCCGCUCCGCCUCUAAGGGCCGCGCCAAGGCCGAGGCCAAGACCUCGCCGGUCUUUGACUACUCGUUUACUCCGGAAAUUUCGCAGGACGAAGUGGCGCUUUGGACGCGCCGCAACCAGCGAAUCUCCAUGAUCUAUCACCUCAACACCCGCGUCGGUCGCGCAGCGCUGUUCAUCACUCUCCUCAACGCAUACGACUCGCUCGUCGCCGCUGUCCCAUCACUCAUCGACGCCCGCCCUGCCAACCUGCUGCCGCGCCUCAUCAAGGCCGUCAACGCCGAGCAGCAGCAGGCUCUGCCCGAGCCACAGGCUGCCCGCCCGCCCUCGCCGCUCACCGUCGCCUCCAAGAUCAGAUCGCGCUCGGGCUCAUCGACGUCCUCGAUGGCCUCCUCCGGCUCGGUCGCGUCGUCGUCGUCGUCUCGGUCGCGCCGCUCGUCGCGUGCCUCACGCGAGCCCCGCGACACUGAUCGCAGCACCGACCGCACAUCGGCCAAGGCCAAGGCCAAAGCCAAGGCCAAGGCUAAGGCCAAGGCCAAGGCCAAGGCCAAGGCCAAGACCCAUGACAACCGCGCGCCAUCGCCGAAGCGCGCGCCGCCCAAGGCAAAGGCCAAGGCCAAGGCAAAAGCCAAGUCAAAGGCCAAGCCCCGCUCCUCGUCGAAUGGCUCGACCUCGCAUGCGUCGCGCUGA